AGCGGCCGGGGGGACCCGCGGCGGCCAAAACUGAGCCCGGCCGCACCCCCCGGCACCGCCCGGGACCCGCCGGGAGUCUCCGGGACGCUCGGCUCCAGCCCCGCUGUCCCCGGCACCUGGCACAGGGAUUCCCGUGGGAAGCGGCGAUGUCGGACAGAGGCAGCAGCAUGGACGGCAGGACAGACAUCGUCAACGGCAGCCUGUCCAGCAGCCCUGAGGACAUGUCAGCCGAGGAGGGCCGCGAGACGUCCUCGGGCAUCGAGGUGGAGGCGUCCGACCUGAGCCUGAGCCUGACGGGCGACGACGCCGGGGCCGCGCGGGGCCGCGCCAGCGACAGCGACAGCUCCGGCGACAAGGACAGCGACAGCAUGGACGACACCGGCCACUACUCCAUCCCCGAGGAGCCGCGGCACGACGACGACGACGACGAGGAGGAGGAGGACGAGGAGGAGCCGCGCGCCCGCCGCAGGGCCCCGCGCAAGCGGCCGCCGCACGAGCGCGACUCGUCGGACGAGGAGCAGGCGCUGGAGGACUGGGUGGCCUCGGAGACGUGGGCGCUGCCGCGGCCGCGCUGGAGGGCGAUCCCGGCGCUGCGGCAGCGCCAGCUGGGCGGCUGCUCGCGCUUCGUGGCGCAGGCGUGCGGCGCGCGCCUCUUCGUGCAGAAGUUCCGGCUGCAGCACGGCCUGGAGGGGCACACGGGCUGCGUCAACACGCUGCACUUCAACCAGCGCGGCACGCGCCUGGCCAGCGGCAGCGACGACCUCAAGGUGCUGGUGUGGGACUGGCUGAGGCGCAGGCCCGUCCUGCAGUUCGACAGCGGGCACAAGAGCAACGUCUUCCAGGCCAAGUUCCUGCCCAACAGUGGUGACUCCACGCUGGCCAUGUGUGCCCGGGACGGGCAGGUUCGCGUGGCCGAGCUCUCGGCCACCCAGUGCUGCCGCAGCACCAAGCGCGUGGCACAGCACAAGGGGGCCUCCCACAAGCUGGCGCUGGAGCCGGACUCACCCUGCACGUUCCUGUCUGCGGGGGAGGACGCCGUGGUCUUCACCAUCGACCUGCGGCAGGACCGGCCCGCCUCGAAAUUGGUGGUGACUAAGGAGAAGGAGAAGAAGGUCGGGCUCUACACGAUCUUCGUCAACCCCGCCAACACCUCCCAGUUUGCUGUGGGGGGCAGAGACCAGUUUGUGAGGAUUUAUGACCAGAGGAAAAUAGAUGAGAACGAGAACAACGGAGUCCUGAAGAAAUUCUGCCCCCACCACCUGGUGAACAGCGAGUCCAAAGCCAACAUCACCUGCCUGGUGUACAGCCAUGAUGGCUCAGAGCUCUUGGCCUCCUACAACGACGAGGACAUUUACCUGUUCGACUCGGCUCACAGCGACGGCGCGCAGUACACCCGGCGCUACAAGGGGCACCGCAACAACGCCACAGUGAAGGGGGUGAAUUUCUACGGCCCCAAGAGCGAGUUCGUGGUGAGCGGCAGCGACUGCGGCCACAUUUUCCUCUGGGAGAAAUCCUCCUGCCAGAUCGUGCAGUUCAUGGAGGGGGACAAGGGAGGAGUGGUGAACUGCCUGGAGCCCCACCCCCACCUGCCCGUGCUGGCCACCAGUGGCCUCGAUCACGAUGUGAAGAUCUGGGCGCCCACGGCCGAGGCGCCCACGGAGCUGCGCGGCCUCAAGGAGGUGAUCAAGAAGAACAAGGUGGAGCGUGACGAGGACAGCCUGCACCACACGGACAUGUUUGACAGCCACAUGCUCUGGUUCCUGAUGCACCACCUGCGCCAGCGCCGCCACCACCGGCGCCGCCGUGACCCCGGGGCCGAUUCCCCCUCUGACGACUCCGGCAGCUCCUCGGACACCUCCGAGGAUGAGGAGGAGGGGCCAGACCGGGUGCAGUGCAUGCCCUCGUGAGCCCCAAA